AUGGCGAUUUCCGGCACCAGCAGUGAGUAUGAUCUCAGUCUCACAUCUUCAAGCACUGGCGAAGUUCCAAAACGACUCGCAACAAGCACUCCCAGGAAGAAACAAGGCUCGGUCGAUCCUGGUGAACGCACCGUCUCCUCUGCUCUCCAAAGGCUUGCACCGAAGCCUUUUGCAAACGUGAGCGGUAGCUGUCAAAACCCAAUCAUCGUUGAGGAGACUGCAUCACCGCCACGGCAAGCAGUACGAGCUCAGGAGCGCAACCCCAGACACAAGAAGCUGACAAAAUCCCAUCAAUCAAUCGGCGAUGGGUAUAGAGACCUAUAUAGCUAUCACCCUUCUAGAACAGCAUUGACAGCCAUACCUCCGAGCGGCAGCACGUUCACUGGACAUCAGAGCCAUGACAUAUACCGCAUGAUGAACGCAAAGAUAACUGCGGCCCCAAAUGUCAGCCCGAACGCCGCGUGGGGCCGCCAUACUCUGAACGUACCUUUUGAAGUGCAAUACCCGCUCUCCUCGCAGGUUUUUAUGCAGCAGCAGAACGCGUCAGAAUAUUGGUCCCCGUACUUCCAGAACCAUCAGGCUCAAAUUCCUCCUAAUACUCAUGGGUACCCAACGGUUCCAUCUCAGAACGAAGACCUGCUCCGUAGGAGAGCCAUUCAUUAUAUCCAAGAGUACUCGCGACAUUCACCGCUGAAGAGAUGGCUGUCUGACGCCGACCCUGACAAGACUAGCGGCGAUGAAGCCGAAGGACACAAGGAGCAUACUAGACCGCAACCAAACUCUUCAACUGCUCAGUCGCAUUCCAUGACACAAUCCACGAUACGUAAUAUUCGCUAUUCUAUCAAUCACAAGCCAACGACCCAUCAAGAUCCAGAUCCCAACCUCUUGGUCAGACAUCUCAUUGAGCAUACUUCACUCAUCACGUCGUUGCUACAGCUGUAUUCUCACUCCACCGAUCCUAAGGGCUUAAAGAAUGACAUAUUGAUGAUUUUUCAAGUACAGAAUCAGUAUGUGACUGACUGGAUGAAGGCUGAAUCACUUGAUUCGCACAAGCGACGCAAGAUUGACGGUGACAGCACCGUCAGCCUGGAUGAUUGCCUACGGCCGAUCAUGACUUCUGCGACCAGAGCCCAGAACGAGAAAGACGAUGUGUUGCGCCAGGUUCUUUCUGCUAAUGCUGAUAUGUGGCAAGAUGGUACAGGGCGUGGCGUUGCGGACGUAUUUGCGGUUGUACCUGCGUCGCCGCCACUCGUGAACAGUCUCAGUGGACGAACAGUCAGUUCUACGCUUGUACCUUCGAUUUCGACGGCACACGAUCUCCCUGUUCAGGAACAGAGCAGAACUACUAGCAGCUCCAUCACAACUCCAAUAAAUCCGAUCUCGAAUUCCACCACAGGAGCAGCACACUGGAAAGGUUUGUCUGUCACCUCCAACAUGCAGGAGAUACAGAUAAAAUCCGGAAGCCCAUCAGUUAGCCCAAAGGAUUACUCUAAGAGUUCGACCGACUUAAGUCACCUCUCAAGCGCUUCCAAAGACCCGGAAGCUCUUACUAGAGUAACACCUCACCCAGCUGAUAGUCUCAUCAAUCCCUUUCCCAAUCGCAUGAAUAGCCGUUCACCUCCUCACAACAAACACGCAGCCAUACAACAUACAGCUCCAAAUUCCGAUGACGAAGUCCACAUUGCCAAUAACAGCUAUGCCUCAGGCAGCUCUCACAAUGAAAGUUCAAACGAUUUGCGGGUCCAGGAACCCAGUCUUUCGAUUUGA